AUGUCUAGUUUUGAUGACCCCGUUAUUCCUAGAACUCAGGAAUCAGAAAUAUCGCAGGUUGGGAAAUUUUGGAAGUUUAACUGCCUUCCUGCUUUUACAGUUAUUGUUAUGGCAAUAGGUUGGGACAAAUUAGGGUUAAGUUGUUUGCUAGCCAAAAAUGAAUUUACCCAUGAUCGAUGGCCUUCAACACGGAAAUUAUUUUUUCGCGAAAAUUUAUAUAAAAGUCAGCAAGUAAAUGCUGUAGCUUUUCCGGACAUCCUAUAUCUUUUUAUUUCCAUCAAUAUGCACCUCAAACUUGGGCAACAGGAAGGAAAAGAGUACCAACAAGUCAAUGCCAACAUACAGAAGUUCGAACAAAAUAGUAAAAAAUCUGUUUCGGUAUAG